AUGGCUAUUGUCUCAACUACUAAUGGUCAUGUUGGCCAUGCCAAUGUAAGCGGUGAAGAGGCAUACGACGUUUGUGUUGUAGGUGCUGGACCUUCUGGUCUUAUGUUGAGCUUCGUCAGCGUCAUUCUAGCAAAGCUAGGACUUUCAAUCAAAGUCGUAGAUGCAAGACACGACCAAACAACCGUGGGUCGAGCUGAUGGCAUCCAGCCAAAGACCAUUGAAACGUUGCAAAUGCUUCGCAUUUGUGAUGAUCUCGUGCAUCAAGGAGUCAAAGUUCACGACAUCUGCAUGUGGAGAGGUUCUGCCUCUGAAGGUCUUCGCCGCACAGGACGUACAGAACACUAUCCUUCUUCCGUGGUAGAUGUGGCACACCCCUACAUUCUACUUUGCCAUCAGGGCAUGAUGGAAGCAACAUUCAUUAACGACUUACGGAAGAGCGGCGUUGAAGUGACACGUAGUCAUGAGUUCAGAGGUGCCAUGGCAAAGUCAGACUCUCCUGUUCUCCAAAUCGAAUGCGAUCAGCACGGCGACUUUGAUAAAACAGCAACUAUUCCUGCCAGAUAUCUUGUUGGUUGUGAUGGUGCCCGUUCGUCAGUACGAGAUGCUAUUCCUGGAGCAGCAUCUCAAGGAACGCCUCACAACUCAGUCUGGGGAGUUCUAGAUGGAGAGCUGGAUACAGACUUCCCUGAUAUCUGGAGCAAGACUGUCAUCUUUUCGGAAGAGCACGGUUCAGUUCUCAUCAUACCACGAGAACGCAACAUGACCAGACUUUACAUCGAAAUGAAGUCUUCUAUCACAUCUAAGGGAUUGGGCCAAGAAUUCGUUAUGGAACAAGCCCGUCUGAUCUUAGCCCCAUAUCGUGUUGACUGGACAUCGAUUGAGUGGUUUGGAAACUAUCAAGUGUCUCAGCGAUUUGCCACACGCUUUUUAGAUUCUAGUCAGCGCAUCUUUAUCGCUGGAGACGCUAGCCAUACCCACAGUCCCAAGGCUGCACAGGGAAUGAACACCAGUGUACACGACUCGUGGAACCUCGGCUGGAAGUUGAAUCUUGCUGCGCGAGGUUUCGCAAAGGGCAAAACCCUUCUUCAAAGUUAUGAACAAGAGCGCAAGAAGAUUGCCCAGGACCUUAUAAAUUUCGACUUUGAGCACGCCAACGAGAUUGCUGCUGGUGAUUCAAGCAGACUUGCUGAGAACUUCCGCAAGAACACAGCUUUCAUCUCAGGGGUGGGGGUCGUAUAUGGCAUCAACGAGCUGAACCAGCAUGUUGAUACCCCCAAAGGUGAUGCCAAGCCAGGCUGCAACUUGCCCCAAGCAAAGGUUAUUCGCUACAUUGACGCCUGUCCCGUUGAUGUUCAGACUGAUGUCCCCAUUCUUGGCCAAUUCAGACUAUACGUUGUGGCUCCUAACGUUCUUGGACCUCAGGAGAGCGCCUUCAUCAAAGGGUUUGACGAGGCAGUCUCUUCGCCGAACUCGUUUGUAUCGAAGCUCGGCAAGUCCGCAGAAGCUUCAUACCAGCAGAAACCUCGGGCAAAACGUGCUGACGAUGAGUACGUGCGACCAGAGCGUUACACAACGGUCAACCAACUAGUAACGUUCGCCCUUCUCACUUCUACGGAUAAGAACGAGUUUGAACUCUCACAACUACCCCCCACUUUCUCCAAGAGCAGGUGGACAGUCUACUUGGACCAUGCAUCCCACCUGGACACGCGACGCAUUUCGGCUACGGAGAAGUGGCUAGGCUCUGUGGACCAGGGAGAGGUUGCGGUUGUCGUGGUUAGACCUGAUGGGUACGUUGGUACUAUCAAGCGGAGCAAGAAUGCCGGCAGUGCGGAGGGCAAAGCCGCAGCCGACUGGCUCGAUUCGUAUCUUGGAGGGUUCUUGCAGGCACCUGAAGUCUGA